CAGAGAAUUCUCCUUUUAUUUAUUUAUUUUCUUUCCAUUUGGAGCUAAAAAAUAGACCAAAGUCGUUAAAAUGAAGCCGACCAUCCGUUAGGCAGGCUUGAGCUAACUUGCAAAAACACUGCCCACCACUCGCUCGUAUCCCCCAACCUUUCACACACUCUCCACCUCCUUCCUUCCCUUCCGUUUCCGGACAAUCGAUCUCUCUGCGCUUUGCUGAACAACAAUUUCACAAUUUCAAUUGAUUUCUCAUGGGUUGAAGGAGAAGACCAAUUCACCGUUCGACUGACAAGCAACUUCAAUGGAGUGGGAUAGCAAUUCGGAUCUGAGCGCCGAGGAGGAGGAGGACGAGGAAGGGAGCUUGAUUUUCAACGACGACGACGAAGUUUCGGGCCCCGGCCCCGGCCCGCUUCCCUUCCCCGUAGAGAAUAUGCUCCGGACGGCGCCGUGCGGGUUCGUCGUCACCGAUGCUCUCGACCCGGACCAUCCCAUCAUCUACGUCAACACCGUCUUCGAAAUGGUCACCGGGUACCGAGCGGAGGAGGUUCUCGGUCGCAAUUGUCGAUUUUUGCAAUAUAGAGGGCCAUUCGCAAAAAGAAGGCAUCCACUAGUGGACUCUGCUGUAGUUUCAGAAAUUAAAAGAUGUCUGGAGGAGGGUAUUGAAUUCCAAGGCGAGUUAUUAAACUUUAGGAAAGAUGGAUCUCCUAUGAUGAAUAGAUUGCGGCUGACACCUAUAUAUGGGGAUGAUGAUAUGAUAACCCACGUCAUUGGAAUCCAGUUCUUCACAGAGGCAGAUAUUGAUCUAGGUCCAGUUCCUGGUACUUCAAUCAAGGAGUCUGCAAAAUCUUCUGACAGGUUUCGUUCUUAUCUUUCCGCUUUCCGUCCUGCUGUUCUCUUGGGGGAGCGAAACAUAUGUCGUGGGGUUUGUGGUAUGUUGCAAUUGAGUGACGAGGUUCUUGCUCUCAAGAUUCUUUCAAAGUUGGCGCCUAGAGACAUUGCAUCUAUUGGGUCAGUCUGUAGGAGACUGUAUGAGCUUUCAAAGAAUGAAGACCUUUGGAGGAUGGUCUGCCAAAAUGCAUGGGGUAGUGAGACAACUCGUGUUUUAGAGGCUGUGCCUGGUGCAAAGAGGCUAGGGUGGGGUAGGCUGGCACGGGAGCUGACCACUCUUGAAGCAGCAACAUGGAGAAAGGUGACUGUUGGAGGUUCUGUUGAACCCUCACGAUGUAACUUUAGUGCUUGUGCAGUUGGCAAUCGUGUUGUCCUUUUUGGUGGUGAAGGGGUCAAUAUGCAACCGAUGAAUGACACCUUUGUAUUGGAUCUAAAUGCCAGUAACCCAGAGUGGCAGCAUGUCCAAGUGAGCUCUCCUCCUCCUGGCCGUUGGGGUCAUACACUUUCUUGUGUGAAUGGGUCCCAUUUGGUGGUAUUUGGAGGCUGUGGAAGGCAGGGCUUGCUAAAUGAUGUUUUUGUACUGGAUUUGGAUGCAAAGCCUCCGACUUGGCGUGAAAUAUCUGGGUUGGCUCCUCCGCUCCCAAGAUCAUGGCACAGUUCCUGCACUCUUGAUGGCACCAAGUUGAUAGUUUCAGGUGGUUGUGCAGAUUCUGGAGUACUCCUUAGUGAUACUUUUUUGCUUGAUCUCUCAAUGGAGAAACCUAUUUGGAGAGAGAUACCAGUAGCAUGGAAGCCUCCUUCCAGAUUGGGUCAUACGCUGUCUGUAUAUGGUGGUAGGAAAAUUUUGAUGUUUGGGGGCCUGGCCAAAAGUGGACCACUUCGUUUUCGUUCUAGUGAUGUGUUCACAAUGGAUCUGAGUGAGGACGAACCGUGUUGGAGGUGUGUUACAGGGAGUGGAAUGCCCGGUGCUGGAAAUCCAGGGGGUAUGGCUCCUCCUCCUAGACUUGAUCAUGUAGCAGUGAGCCUCCCAGGUGGGAGAAUCCUGAUCUUUGGUGGUUCAGUUGCUGGUCUUCACUCUGCCUCACAACUUUAUCUCUUGGAUCCAACGGAUGAAAAACCUACAUGGAGGAUAUUAAAUGUACCCGGGCGACCCCCAAGAUUCGCUUGGGGACAUAGUACUUGUGUUGUUGGAGGGACAAGGGCAAUUGUCCUUGGUGGUCAAACUGGAGAAGAGUGGAUGUUAAGUGAACUCCAUGAGCUUUCGCUGGCAAACUCUGUAAUCUGAUUAAGAGUGUAUAUGGGAACACGCUGUAACGAAGGGUCACAUAAGCCUUCAACUGCAAGAUUUGAGAUCAUUCUGAGGAUUCAGCCAGGCAGAGAUUGCUGCUUGAGUCACUAAUAGCUCUUGAAAAAUGUUACUUUAGUCGGGACUUGUUUUGGGUGUUAUUCUACUGCUCAUUUCUUGUAUGGAAUUGCCCUGGCUCGGAUGAACUUUCAAUUAUUUUCAAGAGUGACUUGAACCAUGUUUGUUUUUGUGAGGUUUGUGUGAGACUGCCCUUCAGUACGGACGAAUGAUUAAUUCUUCCUUGUCAGGUUAGUAGUAUAUAAUGGACAGGUAGGUUUAUAUAUGUAGGCUUAGUCUUAUUAUGCGUAUGUGUUAUUUUAAUUAGGUUCUGUAAUUUGAACCAAAGGAGAAAAUGAUGCAUGUUUAUAGUAACGUAUUGCUAGUCCUCUUUAUGUAAUGAAUCCUUUGUUCAUCUAUCCUUCAUUCGUUUAAAACGUGUCAUCCAGCUUAAAAGAUACACAAGCAAAGAUUGUGAGGCAGAUUUCUGAAGAAGCCAGCACCCCAACUCUGCAGAACAUGGAGGUGCCAUUUUGGGGUGCAGAUCAAGUUACCAAGAUGGUUUAUUGAGAUUUGACAAUUUUCAGCCUUGAAGGAAUGUGGCUUCUUUUGUUUGCUGCCCCGAUCUUUGCUCUUAGUUUCUCUUUGAUGUUGUAUACAGUUUCGUCUUUUUUACUCGGCCAGAUACAUUUCUUUCUGUUGUGUAAAUCCGACUGUGGCUGUGGUCCUGUUGUUCCCAUUUGUAUGCACUUGCUGAGUUUAUGACAUUAGGCCAUUGCAA